AUGGCGAUCUGUUUCAGACCAUGUGUACAUGGGGAUAGAACAGCGAAUGGCAAGUGUGUUUGCAAACCUUGCUGGACUGGCGAAUCUUGCGAUGCUCCACGAAAUCGAUACACACCUAAAUUCAGUCAAGAUGAGUAUUACGCUUCAGUGUCAGACCUGAAUAGUGUAUUCUUUGUUCCUGACCAGGAAAUGGUUGUAUGUCAACACGCAGACAAAUGUGCUUGUGCAGAGGUCUCAUUUUCAGUUUUAACUGGAAAUGAAGAUGGCUUGUUUACUAUUGAUCCCCUAACUGGUGCCCUAUCGAUCAGUCAAGGAGCUGUCCCAAAGAAAAAUCGAUAUGUAAUCACUGUCAAAGUCACAAAUCAAUUAAUCAGCAACAAUAUCAAACAGCCAGAAUCCAUAGCUUCAGUGAUUGUAGUUUUUCCUGGAUUUCAAAGUGGGAUGGAAAGCCACCAUCACAUUGAAAAAAGGGCCACCUCAAGCGUAGUAGGAAAUGUGACAUUUGAUUUAACUAAGAAAUAUCCUUACAAUGAGACCACUGAGAUGAAGGUCGGAAGCCGUGUGAGGUUUCAGCUGAUAAUUACCUUCCCUAUCGAGGACACUGACAUGUUAGUGGAACUCUUCACUCCGGACAACGAGACCACGGUCAUGAUUCUGUGUGACGUUAACGUCACAAACGUUGGGAGCAGUCUUACUUUCAAUGGAAGCAAGAUUCCAACCAUGGACGCCCGAGAAACGGGAUCUGUGAUGUACGACAGAGCCAUUAUAAAUUUUGGAGUGGUCCAAAACUCAGGUUGCACUACUGCUGACGAAUGUAGCAUAUACAUUGAAUACGAGGCCAUCCUCUUGGAAAAUCCUUCCACUAAUGCCGGUGAAGUUUAUUGGGUUAGCGCAGGCGCUGAGUACAAUAACGAAAACGAGGUUUGGGUUGGACAAGCCUCCUUUGUGGCUUUUCCGAACGAUACAGUGGUCACUGAAAAUCCCAUCGUCAAUUUUACCGGUCCUAGCUCCCUAUCCGUAGGAUCAGCCGGCGUUUUUCAAGUAGACCUGCUUCUUCCCAACCCCUCUACUACACUUAGCUUCGAUGCCUUCGCUCCCAUCAACACCUCCUCAGUCAUGUCAAUAUGCAGCGCCAAAUUAAAAUACAUUUCAGACAACUUCAAAUGUGGCUUUGAUGAAAGGGCUGUUUCAGCGCAAUACUAUCCAGAUCAAACAGGCAUUGGAAAUUCCAUGGGUCACUUGACUCUAGGAACAAUGAUAAACAAAGGGUCUAGAGAUGCAGCAAACAUUAUGGAAAAUAAUCUUGUAUCAGUAGAAUUUGUGGCUCAUAUGUACAAUGACCCUAGCUUUGUUGGCACGAAUAACAUGGUUGGGGCAGCUUUUGAGAUUGGGAGUGCUCAGAUUUGGGCCGGUCAGAUGCAGGUUACAGGAAGUGCAGAGGUGGAUGCGUCAGCCAUGGCAAGUCCAAUAUUGGAGUUCAAUCCUCCUAGCGGACAAACUGUUGCGAUGGGAGACGCGAUUACUCUGUUGCUGGAGGUGCAAAUUCCACAGUCCACCACAACAUCUUACACUCUCGAAAUUAAAGCACCAUUUUCUACAACUGCCGUGUUUAAAGUAUGCACAGUAGAAAUCAAAACUAUUGGAGAAAACAUGCCCUGUGUCCACAAAGAGGACAAGAAAACUGUGUACUCUUCACGGGAUAGUGGUGCUUCUGAACCUGACACAGGUACCCUGAACUUGGGAGGAAUAACGAACCUUAAUAUCAACGCUACAGCAGAUGCUAGUACUAUUGCGUUUGAGAUCGUUGUUGCACCUUUAAAUCAUUCAGCUGCUACUGACAUGUCGUCUCACAAUGUGGAAGCUACAUUAACUUACGCAGGUUCGUCAACCGUUGUUCAAUCAACAUCCAUCCUUAUAUCGGGCACGUCAGUCCUGGUUACCAGCGUAUCGAAUACGACAUCCCCUUCAUUUGACAUGAAGUACCUGUUCGGCACAGAGUACGUGGAAGUGGGGACAGCAACCCGAGCACAGCUAGAGAUAACCACGAACAGGAGCGUGUCCUACCCUAUGAUGAACAUGGAAUUUAUCAUGCCUCUGGGAAACACGUCCACCAAACUAUCAAUCUGCAGAGCCCGGAUGUUGUCUGCUGGUAGGAAUCUUCCAUGUGUGUCACCAGAUUGGAUCAACACACAAGUUACAUACCAAUCACAAUACAACGAGACAGUCAACGACCAAGCUCUAAUGUAUCUAAGUACAGUCUGUAACUAUGAGCGGGUAGAUAACGUCACUGAUGAUAUUAUUACCAUAAUUUUGGACGUUAAAGUUGAAGACAAUCCGGAGUUGAUAACUGGAGUCAAAGAAUGGAUAAGUGCAGGGAAUCAGUACUCAGACACCAAAAUAUGGGUCGGACAAUUGGCUCUUUAUGCUCAAAGAAGUGGAACAAUUAUCCCGGCAACUAACCCAUACAUUAACUUAAUCCGAAAUACAACAUUAUCCAGUAUUCCUAUUGGCUACCCAUCUGUCUACACGGCCUUGAUUAAAGUAGCACCAGAAGAGAGUGCCAAAGUCAAGGUCUCUGUUACCCUGGGGAACACUGUAUUAAGUAUAUGUGGCAUGCGAAUAAAAGACAUUGGGGAUAACUUUCCUUGUGUGGAUAAAAACGUCACCUCCUCCUUUAGUGGAACUUCUGGCUUCAUCGACAUCGGCAUUGUCACAAACACAGGGUCUGAUGCCCUGGUGAUGAACGAUUUCUACGACAGUAACACCAUAUUGGUUGAGUUAUUAAUUCAGCUGGCAGACGAUACGGCCACGGUGACAAAUGGUGGAAGCUAUACAUUUGAUGUUGAAGUGGAAUAUGGGAGUGAUGGGCGUAAGCAAAGCUUCCCUUCUCAGACCAUCAUUGCCUCCCAUGACAAGACACUGGUCAAUUUUACUUCGGUUAACAACAGGACGACUAACACAUUUUACACAGAGAACAUCGGUAGCAACAACACAGAUUUAAACAUUAUGAAAGGGGAGUCUAAGCGGUUCCUCCUGGAUAUGGUAUUCCCAGAAGGAGAGAUUCAAGACGUGACUGUCAAGUUUAUGACUUCCAUUGCUGGUGCAAAUCAGAAUAUGAUGGAGUUGUGUGGUUCCGGACUAACCGUUGUCGGUGAAAACUUCCCUUGUCUCGAUAAGACAACUGUGAAUCCUGUCUAUACAAAAAGGGCGGGAUCUUUAGUCAAGGACACUGUGACUUUACAGCUCGGCUUCGUAUGUUCCUCUGGGGUUAAAAGUGGGGAUAACGAGGCUAACAAGCUUCGUUUGGAGGCCGUGGCAAGGCUACUACCUACAUCCACAUUGUCUGCUGGGAGUACUAUUCCAUUUCAUGUGGCUGUCAACACCAAUGAUGUUGAAAUUUACGUGGGUCAAAUUGAUUUAAUUGUAUCGGGCACGCCCACCGUCACAAACACUACGACGAAUAUUGUGAAUACGUCGCUGUUAUACAUUAACUCUAGCAGUGACCCCCUGCCACUUAAUGUGGGCGUCGUCACCACCCUGCCCAUCAGCUUGUAUGUGCCACCAGAUACUAUGUCCAAAGUCCUCUUUGAUAUAGAGCUUCCAGUCCACUCUACGGUGACUCUGGGAUCCAUAGAGGAUAUCAGGAUUUCUUCUAGUGGUAGCAAUAUCCAGUGUGUCUAUGAAGAUGAUGCCUUAUCGCUGAAGUACGAGCGGAAAUACAAUAGUACCACAAAUACAUGUCAGCAAAAUCAUGGAGAGUUGGAUAUGGGCACCGUUACUAAUUCAGGAAUAUCACAAAGAGUAGGCACGCAUACAGAGACAGAUGACGUCAUACAGAUUGAAGUAGAUAUCCGCGUGAACGAUAAUGUCCCGGACACAGCUGGUUCUGAAUUUCCCUUAAGUUUGGGUGCAAAAGUAGCAGAUUAUAUUGUUAUAUAUGAGAAAAAUGUAACCUUAGCGAGAACAGGAAACGAGAGGCCCAAUCUGGAAAUAACUGCUACCUUCAACUCAGCCUUAUCUACAUCAUCCUCGAUAGUCAUUGAUACUAUUUUAAAACACACUAAUUUGACGUCCGCAACAGCUGUAAAUGCCACAGUGUUCUUUUAUCUGCCACCGUAUCUGGGAUAUAAGCAGAUUCAAAGUAAUGUUACCCAUAGCGGUCCUCUAGUGACAGGCGGAACAGUAGAACUACAGUUCGACGAUUUGGCAAUGUGUGAAGUUGUCAAUGUACAGUUGACACUGGAGCCCAACCAGACGAUCACCGUUCCUCUUGAUAUAUUGACAGAAAAUACGUUGAUUGCAUAUGAAGCAAACGCUUACAUGAUUUACAACCCGGCUAGCGUAUACCCCAGUGACAAAUAUUUCGAUACACCACUUCAAUACUUAAACUUCAGUGUAACUGUCACCAAGGCUGGAGUUUGUGAUGAACCAUUGGGUAUGGCGAGUGGACACAUAGAUGACUGCCAGUUAGAUGGCUCCAUUGAAAAUGAUCCCGCUCGCCCUCCGUCCCACGGCCGAUACAAUGGAAACUCCGCAUGGAGACCCUUCUCAAGAGGUCCUACAUUUUCAAAAUAUCGAUACUUCCAAGUUUUCUUUGGAAACAAGACUUUGGUGAACAAAAUUAUAAUUCAGAAAGGCUCUGGAUACACUCACCAUCCCACCCAGCUGUCCCUCAGAUACAGUAAUGACGGCUACUCCUGGCAAACGGCCGAAACGGUGACAGUGACGGUGCCAUUCACAGAGACUACUGUAUACCCACAAAGACAAACCCAGGCCCGCUACAUGAGGGUCUAUAUUGAUAAGGACGACACCGUGAAUGGAUUACCCCCAGAUAUAGGACUCAAGUUUGAGUUCUUUGGCUGUUAUCUCAGUGGCGAAUUUACCACCACUAACAUAUGCAAUGAUGCACCAAAUAAUAUAUCUCCAAAUGAUUUCUACUUCCGGAGUUUCCAUGCUCUGAGUGACAAAGUUUUAAUGUGCGAUAUUAAUCCAAACGACAGGGACCUGAAACAACAUUGUCAUUACUCCAUGGAUGGAAAUACAUGGGCGGCAAUGGAUAGACGUGUUGCAAGUCUUCUAGGACACGAGUCCUCUGGAAAUCUCUUCUUUGCUUAUGGUAACGAUCAAAGGUCCACCCUAAUGAGUAAGGAUGGUGGGAUCACGUGGGAUAAUGUACCACGUGACUAUUACAUAGAUACUAGAUCGGAAAUUACGUUUACUCCGUCCAAAAAUGUCCCAAUGCAGGUGACCAACCUUGCUGUGGCCGAACCCCAUACGAGCUAUCAGUUUGGAAGCUGGGGAGUGACCUUUGAGGGGUUGUGGAAGAAUUCUGCUGGGGUAUGGAGUAAAGUUGUGGAGUGGGACAUCUGCUGUUAAUGCUGAGAGAACUAUGAUAUUCUUUAAAAGUUUAUUGACUUAAUAUUUGUUAAAUGUAUAUCCACGUUGUGUUUUUGUUUUAAUUUUUAAUAUUGUUAUCGCAUUUUCCUUUUAAAAAUGGUGAAGUUUUUAAAUUCAGAAAAAAAUCUAUUUAUUCGAACAAUGAUAUCAAAAUCCAUGUACAUGUACACUGAUCCCCUUGUUUGUGAAGAAACAGAUGAACAAAAGCUUACAUUGUGAUCAGGCAUUGGUUUAACAUUGCUUAGUGUUGAAUCAUCACAAAAUAUCUGAGAUUGCCCGAAGAUAAUUGAGCUGUAGAUUAUCUGCUCAGAGAUAUUGCUUAAAUCAAUAUUUGUACCCAUAUUUCCAUGUGUAAUCCCUGAAAGUGAAUGCGUGAACCUUUAUGACUGUAAACUUGACCCUUAAGUCAAGUAUAAUUUCCAUUAGAUUCUUUUAACUGAUGCCGUCCACAAAGACUCUCUCUUGAAAAUCUUUAGGAUACUAUUUUUCUAACAAGGGCUAAGA